AUGACCUCUGACGGUGCACCGUUAAGCUGUACGGUCAGGACGUCGGCGAACAUCGCGCUCGUCAAGUAUUGGGGCAAACGCGACUCGGACCUGAUUCUUCCUCUAAACGACUCUGUAUCGCUCAACAUUGAUGCGCUAAAUGCCGACACAACCAUCGUGGCCUCGUCAGAAUUUUUGGCAGAUUCCGUUGAGGUUAAUGGGAAGAAAUAUGAUUGUGGUGAAAACACCCGAUUUUAUCGAGUUUUUCAGGCCGUCAGGAAGCUCCUUGAGUCACGCGAAUCAUCCGCAUCGUCGCGGCUUCAUUUUGAGGUAGUCUCCACUACGAAUUUUCCGGUCGCUUCCGGCCUCGCUUCAAGUGCUGCCGGAUUUGCUGCGAUCGCAUAUGGGAUGAAGACACUUUUCGGGUUCAGCCAGGAUGAAGCUUCGAGAUUGGCUAGAUUAGGCUCCGGCUCGGCGGUUCGCUCACUGGACGGCGGGCUAGUUCGUUGGCGUCGUGGGACUCGAGCUGAUGGUAUUGAUUCUGUGGCUGAGCAACUCUUCCCAGCCAGUCAUUGGCCCUCGUUGAGAGCCCUGAUUUUUGUGGCAAACGAUCAGGAGAAGAAGGACGGCUCGACCAAGGGAAUGCAGAUGACCGUUGAGACGAGCAGCCUACUUCAGGAGCGAGUCGCUGGCGUCGAUGAGGCCAUCAAUAGUCUAACCCAAGCGUUCGCUGCCAAGGAUUUCUCUAAACUUGCCGAGCUGGUGAUGAAAGACAGCGAUAACUUCCACGCGUGUUGUUUGGACACGAAACCCCCGUUGCCGUACCUCAACGACACGUCACGGCUGAUCAUCGACUUGGUGCACCGUUUCAACAGCAGGAAAAGUGAGCCUGGCCAGAAAAACGAGAAGCAACCGGAAGCCCUUGGGGCGGCGUACACCUUCGAUGCGGGCCCGAACGCUUGCAUCUACAUUGAAGAGGCUACCAUGUGCGAGUUCCUGAAGUUCGUAACCAAACAUCUAAGGUUUUCGCCGGGAGCCAAGGCCAAAAUUCAGGAGAUUCUUGGUGAAGACGUUGAGACACUCCUUGACGCGCCCCUCAUCCUCGACCUCAUCUACAGCACCGUGGGCGGCGAGCCGCAAAUCUUGGCGCACCAGAUGUCU